UGUAUAAAAUCACAGAAGGAAGGCUAACACACGGAAUUUCUUUUCCUCUUCAGAGUGGACAUAUGUUUCCAUCAACUAUUUUCACAUUAAUAACAAGUGAGGAGUGAAAACAACAAGUUGUUGUGUGUAUUUUUGAUACGACUCCAUCGAGCACUGUGACUCAUUUUCCCUCAUUUUGCAAUUUUCCCACCCCGUUGCCCUUUGUGGCCACACACAUAUCCUCCGUGUCAGCUGCUGCGUGGCAAACCCACAGUGUGUUCGAAUACUUCACAGCUUUCGGGGGCUGCGGUCAAAGUGAAGCAAAAAAGAGGAAAAUUUUCCAUCUAAAAGAAUCCAAUUCUGCGAAAGUGAAAAGCUCGCAGUGAGGCAAAAAGAAAAGUGUGUGUGUGGGCAAAGAAAACCCCUUAACAAUUGCCAAGGGGACUGUAAAAGCGAUUUGGUGGUACGGUGAACAGGGUGGACAUGAAGGGCUACGUUCCGCCCGACAAAUUGGUGGUUCGGGACAGUUUAGAUGAUGAAAUUAGUGAUGACGUGGAAGACGAUGUCUUCAUACGUGAUGGGAGAUCUCAUUCAAUGUGCGAAGAGCGUGGCCUCAAGAGACCCCUUAUGGCCCCUAGACGCAAGAAUGGGGCACGCUAUAAGAAAUCACUUGCAUUCAUGAAGAAACGCCAUCGCUUCUGGUCGUGCUGUGAACCUUUUUGCUAUGGAUUAGCCGCCAUCACCAUUAUUAUAGCUUUAAUAUUUCUAGGAGCUCUCCUGCUGACCCUCUUCCCAAUGCCACUACAAAAAAUCAAAGGAUGGCUACACAAGAAUCCCAGUCCCGUGGGACAACCCCCACCUGCGACUAUUGCCAAUGAUACCCUGGAACAUGUGCCCUGUUCUCAGCUUUCUGUGAAUCUCGUCUGGAAGCACGUAGUGUCACGUGUUACGAGUGAAAGCCCCGUGCGUAGUGCCGACAUUAAUGCCGAUGGCGUUCCUGACAUAAUCAUUGGCUACUCUAUUGAGGAAGACCCCUAUGAUGGCAUUGCUGACACAACAGCCCGUUGUUUUAAUCCACACACGGGCAAAACAGGCCUCUGUGAAGGUGGUGUAAUGGCACUCAAUGGCACAAAUGGGGAAAUUCUCUGGCAACACUGGACUGCCUUCAAUGUCUUCUCCCUGAGCUGCCCGGUUGAUCUCAAUGGGGAUCACCGGGAGGACUGUGUCGUAGCCGGCAAGGGUGGCCUUAUGAUUGCUAUAAAUGGGGACACGGGUAAACUAAUCUGGCGUCUCGAGGAUAAAACCCUAACAUCCGGCACAAGUGCAGAUUCCACGGAAUGGACCAUUGACAUCUACACCGUAAACGUGGUACGAGAUCUCGAUGGAGAUGAUAUAUCAGACGUCGUUGCGGUGCACGUGCAAGAGAAUAAGGCCUUCCGCUUUGGGCAUAUUUGCGUGAUUUCUGGGGCAAGUGGACGAAUGCUGCGGAACAUCCCAACACCAUUCCGCGAGGAAGUCUUUGUGCCCCUGCAAAUCAUCACAGAUGCCGAUGGAACGGAAUGGUUGCUCGUAAUUACGGGAUCACAGAAUACACCUGGUGGCAUCUACGUCAUUCGCCUCAUUAGUCUCAUGCAGUACAAAAGUGAGAAGGACUUUACAACACUGUACCGAAAUGUGGCAUCAGGAUUCAUGGUACCGGCCAUUCUAACAGACAUUACGGGAGAUGGGGUGGAGGAUAUUGUUGUAACAUCCGUCAAUUCCACCGUUCAUGCUUUCGAUGGGCACACAUUCCGACAACUCUGGAACUACGCCUUCCCCACGUCGGAAACCAUCUACUCCAUCAUCCCUGGACACUUUGAUCACGACAACAUUACGGAUUUUAUGGUUAAAGUGAACACAGGGCCGGGAUUUCCGGUCUAUUACUACUCCCAGACAAUGAUUAUUAGUGGGCAAAAUGGGACAACACUCCUGGACAAUGCCAUUAUGGAUUCCGGUGGGCCAAACACACCCCUAGGGGGCCUAUCAAUUUCCCAAAUGUACGGCGGUGACUUCUUCCUACACUGGCAAACCCUAUGUCGUGGUGAACUAAAUGCCCGAGAUGCGUAUCAAUUUAAUGCCGACAGUGGCAUUGAGGAGCAAUCCCGCGCUGAUACGUGCCGGUUGAGGUACAAUGCACCAACAAUUGUCAAAUUGUACGCAAUCGCGAGGAAUGUUGAACCACCUGGCGCAACAAUUCUCUCCUCAGACGAUCUCAAUCUUCAGCUAGUACCCCUAAAUCGGACGUACGCAAUGAAAACGCAUAAAAUUGUUCCACCAUUUAAGCAUCCAAAGAUGUACAUGCAGAAAUUCCUAAGCAGAGAGAAAACCAGCACAGACUGGACAACACCCCCGAAUACCAUUGAGCAGAAACGUGUGGAUGAGGCUGAGAAGAAACUCGGGGAAUUUAGGGAAUGGACAAGAAUACAGGGAAAUCGUCAUCAAGCUCCUCAGGAGGAAUUCAGUAACCGUGAACCCUACAUCUAUCUCCCGUACAAUCAAGAGCCCAGACAGUAUCCUGCACAACCUCCUACACCACCAAAAGAGCCCGUAAUCGUUCCAGCGGACACAAAGAGCUCCGAUGACUACGAUAUCUUCUACAAUGACGAACUCCUCAAACGCUAUCCCCUCCGUAGUCAACUACCAACAAACAGGGAUGUCCGUAGUAAGGAUGAAGAUAUUAUGGAUCUUGAGAGUAUCUUGAGUUCCGAAGAAGUAAACGACACACUCGGUGAUGAAGCACAAACAGUUAAGAAGGUUCUCACGGAUGCUGCACUAAAGCCCAUCCUGAAGGGUCAUCCUGAAACCCUUUGGGACCUCGAGAUGGAGAAAGAAGCUUCGGAGGCGAUAAAAGAAGGUGGAACUUACGACUAUCCCUAUCGGCAGGUGAAAACACGUCGGGAAACAGCAAAAGACAUUGAACAGAAUUUUAUUCCUCAUGUUGCCUCAACGGGAGUCCUUCUACCCUCACUUGACAAGAGUAAACCAACUUCCAUUGAUUUUGCUUUUGUCCUCAAUGUGCGUGAAUCCGAAACGUAUCCCCCACUCUUCUUGCCCCGAGAUUUGGAUUGUAUUGAGGGGAAAAUUAAAGUAUUUGAAGACAUGGACAACAAGGAGAUCCUUCUGCAAUGCCUCCAAGAAAGAAUCCCAACACUUGAAAAUCUCGAACCUCCAAAGCCAAAAUAUGAAAUGCAAAUGGUCAUCGCAAGGAUAUCCAUCUCCUGUGGAUGCAGACAACUCAAUAAGGGUGAAGUUUGUUCUCAAUUCAACACAAUAGACAAUCAACGAUGGACGGAAUAUAUGGGAAAUCUCGGGAAUGGACUUUACGUGUAGGUAAAUCCGAUAGAGCUCUUUGUAGGGAAGAAAAAAAAUGUUGAGAUAUAUAUCAAGAAGAUUCAUUGGAAGGUGCUUUAUCAAAAUAUAACGAGACACGUACACUACCUGCGAUAAGUUUCUAUUUAAAUUGAAAAAAAAAUUCAAAUGUCCCUUAAACCGGAAAUAUUUAACCGAUUUUGAUGAUUAAAUCAGUUUUGGAAAGAUGGGCGAAUGAUUCCUUUCAAAAACUAAACUAUUCAUUAAAAUCGAUUCACCUUACCCGGAAAAAAAUAAAAAAUUAAAAUUUGUUUUAUAAAAGACCUAAAUUUUUGUUAAUCCGGAAACUGUUUAAGGGUAGUGUAAUAUUUUUUUUCAUACUUUCUUAUAUAUUCAAAAUUAUUCUAAAGGGCAUUUAUCUGACCUAAAUUUUGUUUCCAAAAAUUUCUUUAUGAACUCUGUUCAAAUUAAUUUUUGAGAUGCAAAUAAUAGAGUAAAAAUAAUUUUUUGGGGAACCAGGGCUAAUAAGUCAAUUUGCAUAAAUCCUUAUCUGCAGGAUUCCCCAAAGGCAAGAAAAUUUCCUCGAUAAGUCAUUUUCAUAGGAAAUUUCCUGGCCUACAACUUUGUCUCAGACCACUUUUCUCUAUCUCCACGGAAAGUAUGAGUUUUCGAGCUUUUCCUUACACGUUUACUUUAAAUUAUAUUUUUGAAGCAUUAAUGAUCAUAUUUUUGUCACAGAAAAUUCACAACCUAGUUGAAGAUCAUUUUCAUAAUAAAUAUUCACUGUUCAAAUUAAUUUUGCACUGAAGCUCCACCUCGCAUGAUCCCGUAGCCAAUGAGAACGCCUUCCCUGAAUUUAUCAGCCAAUCAGGGCUCUUUUUUACUACUCAAAUUCUUCUUAUUAUUUAUUUACGUUUCAAUUCAAAUUAUUUUAUUAAAAUUCAUUGACUUAAAAUAAUUUUCUCAUAAAAAAUUUGUUACAACAAUUUGUGCCAGAUGAAUGCCUCUUUGAUAUAAUAAUUUAAAAUUUAUUAAAUUUUGGCAAGAAUUCCGGCUAAAAUGUGAUUUUAUCAGCACGAGCAGACUGUUCCGAUUAAAGCCGUUACAUUUUGCAAAAUUGAUUUUCUCAACUGUCCACAAGAAUUUGAUUUCUACGGAAUUUUGUUUACCUCCCUCCCAAUCCCAAACUGCUGAACCCAUCAAAACAAAUCUGAGCUGUAGUUUACAAUGCUCAUGUCAGAAUAAAUCAAGAAGAAAAUACGGGAAGACAUCCAAAAUGACGUUAAAACGAAAAUCAUGUACAAAAGAAGAAGCAAAGAAACCUUUUGCUUAAAUUAUUCAUCAACAGCAUUCAAUGUAGGAGAUAUCAGAGACAAGGAAUGGCAAGGUAGUGUCCUCCUGUGAAUUACUGGGAAGGACUGUAUUCUCUCUCUCUCUCUUCUGUCACAUAUGAUGAGAGAGAACAUUGCCUGCCAUCCUCAUGUGAAUGUUUUAUACAUAAAUAAAGAAGAGCAGAGAAAAGGUGACAUACAGUGAGAGAAUUAGAAUGGAAAAAAAUCAUGGAAUAGGAGUAAUGUAAAUAAAAAUAAAUUAUAUAUAAAGAGAUUUGCUUCCAAGACCUUA